UAGACGCUCGUUGUCAACUGCGGCCGCUCGACUCAUCCCGUCAGGCACCGCUUGGUUCCAGGCAACAACAUGGCGGAGCCGAGAGAGAAGGCGCUGCAGGAUUAUAGGAAGAAAUUACUGGAGCACAAGGAGAUUGACGGCCGCUUAAAAGAACUGAGAGAGCAACUGAAGGAAUUAACCAAGCAGUAUGAAAAGUCUGAAAAUGACCUCAAAGCUCUUCAAAGUGUGGGACAAAUUGUUGGUGAAGUGUUGAAACAACUUACAGAAGAGAAAUUUAUUGUAAAGGCUACAAAUGGACCACGAUAUGUUGUUGGCUGUCGUCGACAGCUUGAGAAAAGCAAGUUGAAACCAGGGACUAGAGUUGCCCUGGAUAUGACGACUUUAACUAUAAUGAGGUACUUGCCAAGAGAAGUGGACCCAUUGGUGUACAACAUGUCUCAUGAAGAUCCAGGAAAUGUUACAUAUUCAGAGAUUGGUGGAUUGGCUGAACAGAUUCGAGAACUGAGAGAGGUAAUAGAGUUACCACUUACAAACCCAGAAUUGUUCCAGCGUGUGGGAAUCAUUCCUCCAAAAGGAUGUUUACUUUAUGGACCACCAGGUACAGGAAAAACACUCUUAGCAAGAGCUGUUGCUCGUCAAUUAGACUGCAAUUUUUUAAAGGUCGUAUCCAGCUCUAUUGUUGAUAAGUACAUUGGUGAAAGUGCUCGUUUAAUCAGAGAGAUGUUCAACUAUGCCAGAGAUCACCAGCCAUGUAUCAUUUUUAUGGACGAGAUUGAUGCUAUUGGUGGUCGCCGCUUCUCUGAAGGUACCUCUGCUGAUCGUGAGAUUCAACGAACACUUAUGGAGCUGUUGAAUCAGAUGGAUGGCUUUGAUACUCUUCACAGAGUUAAAAUGAUCAUGGCUACAAACAGACCAGAUACAUUAGAUCCCGCUUUGUUGCGCCCUGGAAGACUAGAUAGAAAGAUUCACAUUGAACUUCCAAAUGAGCAAGCAAGAUUGGAUAUUUUGAAGAUCCAUGCUGCACCUAUCACGAAACAUGGUGAAAUAGAUUAUGAAGCCGUUGUCAAGCUGUCGGAUGGAUUUAAUGGUGCUGAUUUAAGAAACGUCUGCACCGAAGCAGGUAUGUUUGCAAUACGUGCUGAUCGUGAUUACGUUAUCCAGGAAGACUUUAUGAAGGCUGUCCGAAAAGUGGCAGAUUCUAAAAAGCUAGAAUCUAAACUUGAUUAUAAACCUGUAUAAUGCAACCAGCAUUUUUUUUUUAGAAACUGUGAUUUAAAUGGUAUAUAUGCACUAAAA